AUGUGCCCUCCAAUCCCAAUUUACUUUGUACUUUUCAUCUUGCUCAAUGUAGCAGCCCAAUGCAAUUCGGCAUCCUCCACAGGAUUUAGUUUAAGGCUUUUGCCUUUGAUCUCUCCCGAAUCUCCUAUGUAUCCUGGAAACCUCAGCCAAUUUGAAAGAACUGAGAUAUUGGUUGAAACGUCUAAAGCAAGAGCAAAGCAGUUAGCGUCCAUGUCCGUUUCCAAUGCUUUAAUCCAGCCUGAAAGUAUUCAUCUUAAUGUUUACAAUAGUCAGUCCUUGUUCUGCGUGGAAGUAUUUCUCGGAACCCCAAAGAAGUCACAGUUCCUAAUCUUGGAUACAGGUAGUGACCUCAUUUGGACACAGUGCCUACCCUGCAUAAAUUGCUUCCAGCAAUCAAAUCCUAUAUUUGAUCCAAAGUCUUCCUCUACUUUUCAAAAGAUCCCCAGUUACCAUCCUCUUUGUAUUCAGCCUUUUCGAUGCGUAAACGGACAAUAUGUCGAUCAAGUUACCUACGCAGACGGAUCAACUUCAUCUGGUGUUCUCUCCAGCGCGACCUUCAUAUUUCCAGACAAAAAGAGUUUCACUGAAUUACCAAUUUGGGUCUUCGGCUCCGCAAAUGACAAUAGAGGUCCCCAUUUCUCCUCCAUAAGCUCUUGCUUUAGAAACUUCAACCAAUAUCUCACUUCUUUCAAAAUGGGUGAGGUUUCCGGCAAAAACAUAGGAGAUCCGGGAGAAAACAAAGGCAAAAAGCCUUAA